GCAUGGACUUGCAACAACAGUGAAGUAGCCGCAUUUCUGCCAUGGAACUUGAGCGCUUCGAGGAGCGCGGCGUGGAUGGCCGGACGGUACAGUUUGAUCUGCUGAAGGAGUGGGUGGCAAACACGUGGCACCUUCGAGUGGAUGGUGACGAGGGGUGCCCAUGGCUGUGCUUGGCAUUGGCCAUGGCGGACGCGGAGGGUGAAUCGGGCCACUCCGCGUGUCACGCGCGGGAGCGAGAGCUGCGGAGCCUGGUGGUGCAGACCUACAAGUCCUUGGGCCUUCAAGGCAAAGCUAAGGUGGCGGCCGCCAAGCUCAGGUGCAAGCUUUCGAUUUUUCGAAUCCUGAGAUAUCAGGAGGAGGAAGCGCUGCAGCACUGGAACUGGUAUUUGUACUGCUUGACCUUGGACAGCCACUACUUCGCCCAACAUUCCAUUUCUGGGGCACGUUGUGCAGUGCGCAUGCCCAUGGACUCCGUAGACAUGUACUUGUUGGCGAGAAUUCUGAAGGUCCAAAUCGUGGUUUCUCAGCUUUGGGAGCCCGCACUUUGCUUUUCUCCAAGGGAGGAGGUUUUUUUCUCAGUGCACCUGGUGACCCAUGGAGGCCUGUGGGCCGCAGCGCUGCAGCCUGAUGGCUUCUCCUUGAGUGGCAGCGACUUAACCGGCCAUGUCGUGGAGCUGGAAACGCCCUUGGCGGCGCCACUUUCGCAUUUGGCUGGGCAGUCCGCCUACGUCCUGCGCUACGAUGCCGCAAAGGCGCACUACGUUGCUUGUGUGCACCAGUCCACCUUUCCCCUGCAAAGGGGGCAGAUCCGGCAUGUCAUUGUGGGCCAGGAAGAGUUUCAGAGAAGACACAGACACCCGCUCCUGCCAGCGCUGUGCGGCAUUCCUGAUGCGUCCUUUGAAUUCCAGAUGCUUCUGCAGCUGCUGUGCUUGGAAUUGUGCCAGCGAUUGGACCUGUGGCAUGAAGAGCUUGCUGGCAGACCUCCGCGAUGUGUGGAGUCACCGCAAAAGCUGGACUUGCCUCCUAGCGCGCUGUGCGCUUCCUCUUUGCCGAUGAGCGAGGUCCUGCAAUUGCUGGAUGCAGGGAGCAAAGUUUGGAUCCGCAGUGCGAUCGCCCGUCGCAAUGUGGGCGAGUUGCUGAGCUGCGAUGCCUGGGACUUUGUGUGCUUGCGACAGGUGGUGGAAUCCAGUGACCCCACCAUCUUUUGGGGUCACACAGUGCUGGAGCAGCGGCUGAAGCAAGUCAGCUGCGAUGUGGUUUGCUCCUGGGCGGUGCUGCAGGACUUCGUCCCGCAGCCAGCUUGGCCGCGCUUUGAUCAGCUCCUCAGGCUCUCAGCGGGGGACAUACUGGUGGUCACCGGGAGGAUGACUGGGAAAUGGGCUGGCUGGGCACUGGGCAGAGUGUGCAAAACUGGGCACUCGGGGCUCUUCCCCUUGCAGUACGUGCGGCCGCAGCUGUGGAUCGCCAAAGUGGAGAAGUCAUAACGGCGCGGAUGUCGCAUGCAGCCCGCAGCCCCGACGAUGUGCUUGAACAGACGGAGCCUGUGCGCAGAAGAAGAUCACGCAAUAGGCUGGCCAAGCAUGCAGCUGCCAAUUGUCUGGUCUCGGCAGCUCUCGCACUCGGCACUUCCCUGAAUGGACAUGCUCUGUAGCACAAGUGCAAGAGAGAACGCAGC